CGGUCGUAUGUACCCAAAUUGCCCUGACCCUCUCUUCGAAACCACAAUAUUACCCUUCGUCACCUUCGUAUAAAUUCCGCCAUUUCUUCUAAAGCGUACUUGCAAAAGACGAAAUAACAGGGGAAAAAACACGCGAACAAAAAUGGAUGUUUCUCUUGAUUUGGAAGUUCUCUCUAAUGCGAUAUCAGGGUUGGGAGUGGACGAGAAAUCACUGGUUUCGAUUCUGGGGAAUUCUCAUUUGGAGCAUCGAAGAUCGUUCAGAAAAGAGAACCCUAAAUUCUUCGUUGAAGACGAGAGGGGUUUCGAGAGAUGCGAAGAUCAGUUCCUCAUGCAUCUCAAGCAAGAGUUCACGCGCUUCAAUAAUGCGGUGGCGAUGUGGACGAUGCAUGCAUGGGAGAGAGAUGCGAGGAUGGUGAAGAAGGCAUUGGAAAAGGGACCGAAGUCUUAUAACCUAAUAGUGGAGGUGACAUGCACGCGCUCUUCCCAUGAGCUCUUGGGUGCUCGCAGAGCUUAUCACUCUCUCUUCGAUCGGUCCAUGGAAGAGGACGUCGCUUCUCACGUCCACGGCCCUCCUCGCAAGCUACUUGUGGGGCUUGUGAGCGCUUAUAGAUACGAAGGGAAUAGGGUAAAUGAGAAAACUGCAAAGUCGGAGGCCGAAGCUCUUGCGGAAACGAUCGGACGAGAAGGACAUCUAGCCAUCGAGAACGACGAGCUUGUACGGAUUCUGACAACUAGAAGCAAACUCCAUCUCCGACAUGUCUUCGAUCUCUACAGCGAGAUAUCUCGCGCCGAGAUAGCCGAGGAUGCGACCGGGUCUUCGGUUUUGAGUGACACAUUUCUUUGUCUGUCCAGACCUUCAGCGUAUUUCAGCAAGCUAUUGGAUGAAUCGUUGAGCGAGGAAGCGGACAAGAAAGCAAAAAAAUGGCUGACAAGAGUGAUAGUGACGAGAGCAGAUCAUGCCGACAUGAGAGAAACCAUCGAAGAAUAUCAUCGGCUCUUCGGACAGUCUCUGGCCGAGAAAAUCGAAACGAGGACCAAAGGGAACUACAAAGAUUUCCUGCUCACGUUGUUGGCCAGAUCGGAUUUCAAUUCGUCGAACGAGACAAGUCCUCUUUCCUAGUUUGAAGUUCUGGUUCUGCGCUUUGUUUUGUUCGUGGUUUGGUUCCUGGACUGGUUUUUGGUAAUAAAGGAUUGUUUUUCGCU